CAGAUGCGCGAAUUAAAUUAAUAAUUCGAACUGACGAAGAGUCACCUGUUUUGCGAUGUUGUAGGUGUAGGUCAGUGAUCGGUAGGAGUAUAAAGCGAUCUGUCGUCGAACUUGGAGAUCAGUAAUCAGUAGCACCUGCAGCAGAAUCAGCAUCAAAAUGUUCAAGAGCGCGCUAAUCAUUUCCCUGUUCCUGGUGGUCGUCAUCCGAGCCGCAGAUGAAUCACAAUCUGAAACCACCAAGUACCGGAGUGAGGUCAAACCGGAUGGCACCUACAGCUGGGAAUUCGGAACCUCCAAUGGAAUUGACGCACAGGAGAAUGGAUUGGGAGGGGUUCAGGCUGUGGGAUCCGUGAGAUAUACUGCUCCGGAUGGUUCCCCCAUUCAGCUGGAGUAUACGGCCGAUGAGAAUGGAUAUCGUCCCACUGGUGCCCACCUGCCCACGCCACCUCCUAUUCCAGAUUACAUUCUUCGGGCUCUGGCCUACAUCGAAGCCCAUCCUUUUGAAAGAAUCCAGCUGAAGAAGUAGUCUACAUAAUAAGAUUUAGAUGUGUAUUAUAAGUGUAUGUUUAGGCAAAUUAAAUAUGUAUAGCCCAAUUUUGUUUACAUAAUAAAGUACCUUUAAGAAAA